AUGUGUCCUAGUUCAGUUUUUCGGAAUUUAGCCAACCUUGGCUAUUAUAAGAAGCAGCCUAUUGUAAUCCCAAUACUUACAAGGUUGCAUAAGCAUAUAUGUAUAGUAACUCUGUGGAAUAUUGGUAUAAGGGUCAACGGCCAGUUCGUCACAUUCCAAGGGACCGGACAAGAAUCAACGCCUGAGGGUGGAGUUUGUAAUCGGGGCAAAACCAUUCUUUACUGCUUCCGAGAGAAUAUGACUAGGCAAUUCUACAGUGAAAUUUUAAAGCAUCUUCUUGAGAUCAAGAGGAUGCUACGUAACAAUUGCCGCCUCCAUCAAGACAACGAUCCUAAGCAUACGAGCCGUGUAGCUAAGAAAAUUCCUGCUGCUGAUUCAGAUGAGGAGUAUUUGGUAAAGUUGUCAUGGGAGUAUUGUUGGGACUUAAUGUGGGGACACUCUCAAAAUGCGUACUGA